AACGGGUAUCGAGUUAAUUAUUGUCGGUAGAAAAAAGAAAGAAUUGUAGAAUAAAAGUGAUAUAAAAAAAAACUAUAUAAGUGUACACAUUAUAUGUUGUAAAUGAUAUGAUUUUUAAUUAUAUGCAUAGAUAGAUUUUGAAAGCUAUAAUAAUUAACGUUGUAGUGAUGAAAAAAGAUGGACGCCUUGACGUUUAGCUCGCACAGACUUGUCCACCUUGAUUUGAAGGGCGCUCCUCCACGAGUUAGUUACUUCGAAAAGUUAUUUCCUCUGAUAAGAACAUGGGGUGCCACUGGAUUACUGUUAGAAUGGGAAGAUACCUUCCCAUACACUCGAGAGCUUACUCAAAUAGGAAGCAACAGACCGAUCAAUUUGGCAAGCGGAUAUACACUUCUAGAGGGAAAGCAAAUCUUACAGAUAGCAGGAGAUUGUGGUUUGGCAGUUGUACCAUUGGUACAAACUUUUGGACAUAUGGAGUUUGUACUGAAGCAUGACGAAUGGCGCUUUCUACGUGAAGUUGAACGCUUUCCAAGCUCUAUAUGUCCAUCCAAUCCGCUAACUAUGACUUUGGUAACAUCUUUAAUUCGUCAAAUAGUUAACUUUCAUCCAGAUAUACAAUACUUACACAUAGGUGCUGAUGAAGUCUGGCAUCUUGGUCUUUGUCCUGUUUGUACCAAACGGGCUGCCACUAGUAAAUAUGGAAAACCAUCUUUAUUCUUGGAGCAUGUUUUAGCUGUCACACAAUAUAUACAAGAGACAUAUCCUUAUUUGAAGAUAAUUAUGUGGGAUGAUAUGCUGAGAUCAAUAGACUUGAAGGUGUUGAAUGAGUAUUAUUUAGGGAAAUACGUUGAACCAAUGAUUUGGCACUACUGUUCUAGAGAAACUUUUUCUCUACCUCAAGAUAUUUGGGAUAAAUACAGUAUCAUAUUUCCACACAUUUGGGUAGCAACUGCAUUUAAAGGUGCCACUGGGUCUUGUCGACAUAUUCCAAUAAUUCGACAUCAUAUAAGCAAUCAUGAGAAAUGGCUGGAAGAAUUAAGUACUAAUGUAAAUAAAGUUCAAGAAUUUCGAGGCAUAGCAUUCACUGGAUGGUCAAGGUAUGAUCAUUAUGCUACAAUGUGUGAGUUAUUGCCUACAGCAAUACCAUCAUUAGCACUGUGCUUAAAAGCAUGGCUCUAUGGUUACUCAGAACAAUUACAUGUGCAAGUUGCUAAGAGUCUAGGAUAUUCAGAUCCUUCAGAGUUACAAACAAUACCUCAUCCACGACAAACAAUACCAAAUGAACUAUCGUUUCCUGGGUGGGAAGUAGCAAUUGGUAUUGAGUGGUUCAUAAAUUACAGAACUAAAUAUCAAAAUGUUUUAGUCAAUGACCAAAUAUUAACUUGGAUGAAUCCAUGGCAAAUUGAUAACAAUUAUACAAAUCCUAUGCAACUGGAGGGCUUAAUACCUGCAUUCUCGGGUAUGUUAUUGGAACUAUCAUCCUUGGAGGGGUAUUUAAGACUUCAUAUGGAAAAUACCUUCUUUCCAUUUAUGAUCAAUGAGUGGAUGGGCACAAAUCUUCAACCGAUGAAAGUAAAGCUAACAGAGUUGAAGCAAAUAACAGAAAAUCAGCUUAAGAUAAACACUCGCGCGUAAAAUAUAUUUAGUAUAAUGUAGUAUUUAUUUAUUUUUUACCUCAGAAAGUAAUUUUGGAUGCAGCAAGUCAUUCAUAAACAAUAGAAUUUAGAGUAUAAGAAAGUUUAAGGAAGAAGAAUAAAAAUAAAUAUUAUAUAAUGUGAAAUAUUCUUUUUAGAUGUAAUAAAAUUAGAAAAUAGGCUUCAAAGUAUAAUGUCACGCAAGUGGUAUGCGAUGUAAUUUUAUAAGAGGAAAUAAUUAUUUUAAUACUUCAUUUGAACAUAAGUGAAUCUAUGAGAGCAACCGUAUAUCAUUUGCUAUCGUACUUUGUCAUAUCGUAAACUAUGCUGUGAUAUUCGGCUAUGAAAAGAUAGUAAGUCGUUUUUCUCUUAGUUUACUUUCAUUCUACCUCACCAAAUGAUGCAUACAUUAUGAAUAGUCAGUUCCCUCAUAUUAUGGAAUAUUCGGCUAAUUGUAAGAGAAAAUCUGCUAUGGAACUCAUUAGACUAACUGAAAUUGCAUUUUAUCGUCAAACAUUAUGAUACGAGAAGUUAAGUACGUAUUACGCGUUUAUCAUAUUUUCAAAAGAUACUAAUAUUAGAUUCAUCUUUACUUUAUCUCUCCUAUUAGCUUAUAGAAUUUAACAGAAUAGAUGAGAAAUAUAAGUAUGUUUUAUACUUUUAAUUAAUAUUACUUAUGAUAAAAAUAUUAAGAAAUCUUAAACUUUUAUUUAUAUUCAAAAUUUGUAUUCAUUUAUAACUAUUAUUUAUAAAAUUAUUAUAAUAUACAUAUGAUGCGUAUAAAUCUUAUGUUUUUUUAAUACUACAGGAAAAAAUUAAUUAUUUCAUUUAAAUAUGUUUAUUAAUGUAUGAUAGAUCUUCUGUAAGGCAACAAAAAAUAAAAUAAUAUAACAUUAAA